AAUGAAUGUUUGAGUAAGGGCCGUGGUCUGCUGUUCGACGCAACUUUGUCGCGAUGCUCUCACAAGAACGUUGUACGGCACUUACUUCCAUUUUCCGGAUACAAUUCCGGAUUCUUGUAGUCAGUUGCUUCGUGUCCUUGGCCCUCUAAUUGUUUUUAUACACUAGGGCACUGAGUGAGCCAAAGAAAUCCUCUAUUGGGCGGCACUGGGGCAAGUUUGUUGGGUUACGGUCUUUCGGCACGAACGGUGUCUUUUUCUCCUCAAGAUACGCCAGCGUCUUCUUGGCGUAAUGAGAAGACGCCUUGUCCGGCCAGAAGACGUACUUCCCAUCCGCGUGAUGCUCGCUCUGGAACGACAGCAGGAUUUUAUCGAGGCACUCUUCUCGAUAGAUUUGUUGGUUGAUUGCCAGACCGCUCGGCUUAAACCAAGGCUUUGAAAUGCUCCGUGUCGAAAAUGGCGAUGUACAACAUAACCUUUUUUUAAAACUUGUGCUUCAACUUGUAUUUCACUUCAGGCGGUGUGGAUGACUUGUCACUGGAGUAGUAAUUAUCAUUUCCUGAAAUAUGCGUUUUGGACAGCGGAAAAUAGCUUUCGUCUCCCAGAACGAAAGACGUCCCGCGGUAUUUUUUGGUCAUCCACCGACACUGUGAUUUAACCGUCUCAAUCUUCCCCUCCGUGUACUCCGGCGACCUCGUCUUCUUCCUGCAGACGAUUCCUUCCAUCUUGAGGGUCCGAUGGAUCAAUACGUGGGAGCAGCCAUAUUUCCGACCGGCGUCACGCAGGCUGGUUGCGUCCUUGUUGUCAAACAGCUUCCUUAACGAUGUCUUCCUCUGCUUCGUCAUUAUCGUCACCGGACGACCACUUCCGACCUUCCGCUCUACGUUCAGGGAACCCAGGAUACGAUAUACCGUACUGACAGGUACAUUUUCUUUCUUAAAAUGUGCCACCGUGAACUUUUUUCCCUGCUGGAAAUGCGUUUCGUAGAACCGUACAAUGCGUUCGCGAAGCACGUGCUGUUUCGACGCCAUCCUUGCUUUGACUAAAUUCAAACUAGCAAAACCAAACACGCCUACUGUUUCUAGGGAGCCAAAAGAGCAAUUUCUUGGAGAAAGAAAAUUUUACGCUCUUUAUUUGAAUUACUGAAAGGUAUUGAAAAAAUUCUCAUUUUUUAUUUAACACCCGUUAGCACUAUAAAAUCAGGUAACAUGAAAAAAAUCUUCCAGGCUAGAAACAACAGCCACAGCAACAGCAGCAUCAGCAUCAGCAGUAACAUCAAUUAGCUUUUAGGAAUGGAGUCAUGGGACCAGAAGGAUGGAAUACAUAGGAGUAAACAGAAACGUUGUAACAGUUGCCACAACUGUUUUCAUCAUAUGAUAUUUUUGGAUUAGUUAUUUACUUAUUUAUUAUUGGUGUGCAUAUUUAUUGAGUGUUGUUUAUUUAUUUCAAAAUUAAUUUAUUUACAAUAUUUUUGUGUAUUUAUAAUUAUUUAUUUAUUGAUACUCCAGAAAGUAUACUUAAGAGCUUAGAUUUCCCAUCCCACCUCCCUGGAGCUGGGCGAAAGUUCAAUCGCCAAAGUUGUUCGGCCAAUGAGUGUCUGUUCGCGCAGCGCUUACUUUCGUGGCCUUGAGUUUGGGGAGGGGAAUGAGAAAGUCGUAUUCAAGGACGGUUAGUUGAAGCAAGAUGCACACAAGGGGAUGCUUUGGGGAAAUUGUCUUCGGCUGAGCUUGAGCUCUGAAUCGCGAGAUACCCUGCGGUUUAUCUGAGGACUACCAUGUUCUUCGACCAUUUUGCCAAGAACUGUCCGACAUCGCGGAACCAUUGUGUGUUUUGUUCGCGAUCGCUAAUUGUAAGUUCUUUUUAUAUAACGUGAAGUCUUUGUGGUGAUAAAGUUGAAUUGUUUCAGUGCCAUCAUUUGUUCCUAGUUAGCAAACAAACGCUCAAUAAAAUUUAACGAGCAAAAAAAAGCGACUACAACAGGUACAUAUAUUGUAUAAUUUAGGGACAUUUUUCUAACUGUGAACAAAUUACUAAAAUAGGGAAAUUCCUUUUGGCGAGACCCGACGAACCAAAACGCGUCGGAGAAAAGGCUGCGCCAUUACCAUCGCGCCUUCAACAGACCCGCUGGAAGCUAUCAACCGGCGGAGAAUCCGCCGCAAAGAAGCAGAAGGAGUCGGUGAGGAAAUUUGUGUCCUCACCGCACUCCCCAGGUACCCUGUAUUGUAUAGUUUUGUCCAUGUGCACAUGUGAUGUCCCCAUAGUUUAAGCAAAAGUAAAUGUACAAAUAAAUUAUAUAAAUGUAAAUCGGUAGUCCAUUUAGAAAGUUUUUCGUCAUGUCGUUUGUUAGGAAUAAAAGUCGUUAGUAUAAAUGUGAGCCUGUGAUUGUUAAUUUUUAUUUCAUAAAAAUUUCACGUUAUCCGUGUAUCGAGGUUAAUGUCUGGAAUUCUUGCCGUCAACAUUUUUGUUUCCCAGAUGGCCGUGCCAGUCUGGUGGAUUGUUGUUGAACAUUGCCUAUGAUGAGAAAACCCUGUAGAGGUUUUCCGUCGAUCUUAGGGUGAUUCUCAGGUGUUUGGUAAUUUUCUUGGAGCUUUCUGCGGGUGUCUUCUGUCAGCCUUCGCUGACUGGAAUUGAUACAGCUCGACCGUUCUCCGAUCCUUAUAAAAGGACACAAUUUAGGCCUGCGUGUCAGGUCUCUAGCUGGGCAAUCGAACACGGCGAUUGGUCCUCGAAAGAGGUGGCGCUAAUGCCAAUCGCUUAAGAGAGGACGGGUGGGAACGCUAAUAUCUUAGCCUUCUUCGAGCUGGCCGUAGGUUCCGGGUUGUCUUUUGAAACCCGGUCCGCUACAACGUAAUAGGAAAGGUUAUGGCGAAGCUUUUAGAUCGUUCUCCGAGAAAAUAGGCUUUUCUCGUCCAUCACCACUCUCCUUGAUAUGUACGAUACCAAACUUCGUGUAAACUUUAACUAGCUGUCCUCGUUUUUUCAUUUGUAGAGCUUUGGAUCGUAGCUCCCUCGCCGCGGCUCCUAGGUUUUCGUUCAUAAAAAUACGUUUGUUGGUUGUGAAUCCAAGUUCCGAGAGGGAAAGCUUUCGAGAGCGCAAGUAACGAGCGAAGAAAUCAUUACGCUGCACAGUUAUAGGAAACUGAAUGAGAAUUAGAUAUGCGGUCCCGUUCGAUGGAGUGCCUUUGAAGAGUCUUCUGAUAUCCACGUGUGGAAUGUUGUCGUCGGUGUAUCCCAGAGAGCGGUUCCAAAUUAAAAAGUACUCCAUCAGAUUCUCUCCUGAGCGAAAUGGAACUCCACUAACGAUGAGAUCAUUAGAACACAAACAUCUAUCUACAGCUACCAGACACUCAGCCUUACUAUCAGCAAUGGAAUUGGUGAGUUGGGUGGUAACUCUAUCGCUCUCUUUACGAAUAAGCUCGAAGUCACUCGCGAUAUCCGACCGUAGCUUAUCCAUUUGUGUCUGCAUGGAAUCUUUCAGUCCUCUGAUUUCAUCAAUCAUAUUCUUCUGGUACAUAACAAACUGUGACUUCAUCAUAUUAGCCAGUUCUGCAACGUUCAUGUCUCCAUUCUUUGUGUGUACACCGACUGGACAACAUCGUUGCUAGACGAGCUGGACGGCGAGGGAUCGAGUGCCUUUCUCAAGGCAAGAGGGUGGAGGUGGUAGCGCUGGAGUAGAGUAGAGUUUUCAAAGGGCUUUUCUCAAGGCUAGAGACGAAAGUUUAAAGUCUCUAUAAUACAAUACCUUACCUUACCUUCAUGUCUGCAUCAGCAGUCGAUCCGGAACCUUCGUUAGAAGUCGUAGUUGAGUUACUUCGAAGACCACGUUCGCUUGCCAUAGUGGUUGUGUUGUUGGUGCCUAUUCUGUAUUCCGACGGAUUUCUAUUUCGUUCGAAAGUGAUAUUUCUAUCGUUUUCGAAUUUACCAUUCCCUAUUCCAAUCGUUUUGCUCGUUUCGAACGAAAGUGUUAGAAAAUUUCGAAUAUGCAUCGAUCUGUCAAAAACCGAUAAACAAAAAGAAACACCGUAUUAAAUAGCGGCGAGUGCGAGUUGAAUUUCAGUUAAUUUUUGAUCCUAAGAGAAAUUUGUGAGAAAAUUUUCUCGUUCAAUGGAUUCCGUUUUGUUACCGAUUUUGGCGGAGCAAGAAGAAAUUGGAAUGCCUUGCUACCAUCGGCGAAACCACCGAAAAUCAACCGACUUCAUGAAACUUUCUGAUGAAGCAUUCAUCAAAAGUUUUCGUCUAAGUAAGGAAGCUUUUCGGUACGUUUUAGAGGAAAUUGAGAACUGCCUUACCACAAGGAAAGGUGGUCUAUCCACGGAGGUGAAACUCGCAGCAUGUUUGCGAUUCUUUGCUGAAGGAAAUUAUCAACAUGGAGCAGGGCAAGAUUAUCACAUUGCCAUAGCACAGCCCACAUUUUCCAAGGUGCUGACUGAAAUGCUUAACAUUCUGGAGCGGACACUGUGUAAGAAAUGGAUUUCCCUAAAUAUGACGGAAGACGAACAGCGGCGUGCUAAACUACACUUCUAUCAGAAAACAUCAAUUCCGGGUGUUAUUAUGUGUUUGGAUGGAACCCACGUAAAAAUUAUUCCACCUAAGCUGAAUCGAAAUUUGUUUUUUAAUCGGAAGGGAUUUUAUAGUCUCAACGUUCUGAUUGUUUGUGACGAUCAGCAAAGGAUUCGUUUCGUUGAUCCUACCUUCCAGGGAUCUAAUCAUGACUCUCAUAUAUGGCGUGUAAGCCCUGCAAGAACUCACUUUGAGCAGCUUCACCAAAAUGGUGAAGUUAAUACUAAGAUUCUAGGUGAUGCUGGUUAUCCAUCGGAACCUUGGUUAGUAACGCCAUUCAGAGCAGCGGAGGAAGGGAGUUUGGAGAGCGAUUUUAAUCGCAGGCAUGCCUUGGGUCGUGCUAUCGUCGAGCGGACAAUUGGUUUACUAAAAAAUCGGUUUAGAUGCAUCCUUGGCGCGAGACAACUUCACUACAAUCCUACUAAAUGCGCUCAAAUUAUAAAUGUAUGCUGUGCACUUCACAAUAUAUGCUUAGAAUUUGGUCGUUCUCAGUAGUUAUAAUAUGUUAUGCAGCUGUUUACAUAAUAAACUUUUGUUUAAAUUAAUAUUUAUGACUGUUAAAUUUCAUCUAACUUGUUUGCAAAUGCUCAAAUAAAUAACAACCACCGGAAAAGGAAGUGUCUUCCUUACUUAACUAUGGUUUCGGCAGAAUUAUUUACUCUUAUUCCUGCCAACACUUUGAGAACAUGUCAUUAUCGAUUUCUCGUAAGCAGGCCAAGUAUUCAAAUAACCAUUAUUAAUACUUUUUGCGUUGUUUUAACCCCUUGCUGUACGAUUUAAUUUCCAACAGCACGGCCCAAAACGAGCACUUCGAGUCGUUCCGCUACUCUGCUGAGUGUGGGUAUCUAACAUGGGUGCCCUAUGAUGAGCAAAUACAUGUUGUGUUUAAAAUAAAAACGAAGGAGUUAUUACUACGUACUAACUCGUUCGUUUUUAUUUUAAUUAUAAUAUUCAAAUUAUAUUUUAUAUUUUUAGCUCAUUCAAUUUUUUUUUUAAAUAACGGAAAUUUGAUAAUCUUCAGUUGUCGGUAUCCUCAUCAUAUGCCUGAAGCUAUGUAAUUAUUUCACAUCGAGAAACAACGAGUGAAGUUCAAUGUUGUACGUGAAGGGGUUAAGGAAGUUCCAUAAACUAUAGGCGAAAUUCGUGAAUUUUAAAAAAGUUUAUAUAAUUUUGAUGCUAUUCCAAACAAACUUCAAAGAAAAAAUUAAGUAAGAUUUUUCUUCCAUGGAAAGAUAUAAAAAUACGAUUAGAACUCUUUUCAUUUUUUUAUACUUGAGUUACAAUAUAAAGAUAAAAAAUCAGAUCACUGAUAUUUUGAAACAUUAUUCUAAUGUUCUGAAAUAUACGCAAUCUGCGUUUCAAGGAUUUGUCGCUUGACUAUUGAUUUCUCCAGCGCGAUCUUCUCCAUCUCGUGGUUAUGUCGUUUUUGUUCACUCAGAUGUUCUUUGAGUGUGGCAUCCACGGAAAGAAUCGCUCGAGCUGAUUGGCGCUGAUAAUGAACCAGAUCACUCAAAUUCUUGUUUGUGUUUUUUAACAGGGAUUUCACAUUGGUGUGAAAUUUGUUUUGUUGCUCGACUUGCAGCUCUAAUAGCCUCGUGGUAGAAGGUCUGGAUUUUUUCGGCUGAGAGGGCUGGAAGUGAAUGGUAUUAUUGAUACCGUCGUCGGAAGUACCAUAAUAUAUAAAAUUUUCCUGGUCUGCAGCUUGAGGUUCACCCGAAGGCGAACCCAACUGUGUUCCAUGAGAUGAGGUACCCGGGAUUCCUUCCACGGUCGCAAGUAACCCAGUUAGUAGAACUGCCUGCUCCUCCAGCUCGGACAAAUUGAUAAUUUUAUUGGGUCCUCCACCUGUCGCCCUCUGCUCCCGUUUGUUGUGAGCGAGUUUUCGCUUUAAUCCGGACUUAUAGUCCGCCCAAACCUACACAGAAAACCAGGGCAAAAAUAAGACUAUAAACAUAUGUUUCGGAUUCGUUUUAGUAUAUACCUUUUUCCAUCCACUUCCAUCGCGAAUAGGCGGUCCCAAACUAUUGACUUCUGCCGCCAGAUCAUCCCAGAAGGGUCCGGAAUUUCCUCGGGAGAAACCCUUUGCUAUGUCCGGCUCUUGCUCCAGAAGCAGCACAAUCCGCUCGAACUGAUUUUUAGUGGUUGUUUUGUUUUUGUUUUUUUCCCUGUUGAACGUUAAAAUUAAUUUAAAGAAAAAAAUGAUUAAAAAUUAGCUUACAUUUUUGCAGUUCACCGCUCAUCCGCUGCGGAAAUUAUUCACUCCUUCAUAAACAAAGUGGGUUUGACGUUUGGUUUGAUUCGAAUGAAAGAUGUUCGAAAACAAAACAGUCCGAACGAAAGGUAUUCGAAUUUGAAAACACCUCGAACGAAACAGGGAAUGGAAUUUACCAAGUCGUUCGAAAUAUUUCGAAUCGAUUGAAAUACAGAAUAG